AUGACAUGUCCUGAUUGCGAGGAAGUCUACUAUAAGGUCAAUCAGCAAGAACACAAAGACAACUGUCUAAAGGCUACUGUACCUUGCAAAGCUUCGAAGUAUGGAUGUGUGACGCGACUCUUGAAAACCGAGCUCAAGGACCAUGAAGAGUCCUGCCCACUGGCCAGAUUAGGCCCGUACCUCGAGAGUCAAGCAGCAAGACUCGAAACCAUGGACUCCACCAUCCGACAGCUGAAACAACAGAACUCUUUCCUUGAAGACAGCAUCGCCAGCCUACGGUCUGCAAUCUCACAGACAAAUUCACGACCUCCAUCAAGAGUACAAUUAACAUCCAACUCCGGGACUGAAAAUGCUAAUCUUCCAGUGCCUGAGCUGAACCGGAGUGUCUCUCCGUCAAGGGAUGCCCUCGCAUCCUCGCCUACGAUCAACUCCUCGGCUCCUUACCAUAACAACACUACAACUUACCUCCUAUCUAUCCACGAGGCACUGCGAGAAGAAGUAUUACAACUUACCUCGACAGUUGCAGACCUCGAGGCUCGUACCAAUAUAUCAAUGAUGAAUGACACCCUCCGUGUGAGGGAAGAUAUGGCUCAUCUCACAGCAGGGCUGAACACGGUCAGAAUGCAGGUCCACUUACUCAUGAAUUCCCGGAUACAUCAAAGUCAGAGAACGCCAAUAAAUGCUCGCCCCGGUAGCAGUAGCAAUGGAGCAGGGAUGGAUGGGGCCUCUGGACAGACCCGGAUGCCUUCCACCGCCGGACCAGAGCCGCGAGGCAGACGCCCAAGUGACAGUGGCUGGGAAGGGACGAAACUAUAA